AUGAGUCCCAAUCUGGACUUGUUUGUUUGUUGUGCUGUAUGUUCAAAUAUAAUACCACCACAACCUUCCAGAGCUACUUUUGAUUGGACUCAGGAGUAAAAGCUUUUCAGAAGACAAUAAUGCUCUCAUUGUGAUAUACUGGAAAAAAAAGCUGAAUUUUGGUCUCAGGCUGAAAUUUGCCAAGAAGAUGCCAUGGAUAAAGCUCUCAAAGAGGGCCUGAGUGCUCAGGAUCUGAGUGUCAAGCACUUAGUCUGACUCAAGGAAGAAAGUCUGUUAGCUGAGGAACUAUAUCAUGAAAGUUUAGAGUAAUUAAACAAAGAAAAAUGUCAUGUGAUUAAUAUUUCCCUGAGUAUUACAGAAUGAGAGAAUCAGACUGAGAAUGAAAAACAGCUCAAAAGAGUGGAGACUGUACAUCUUGAUGAGCUGGAAAAAGCGAUGGUUGCACUGAAAGCGGCUGAACAGGUAAAGACUCCCAAACAAAAACUGGAAAAGAUAACAGAGUGGAAGGAUGGCCUGGAAACUGAAAUACGAGCAACAAGACAAGCAUUUCAAAAGUAUAUUGAUGCUGGAUUUCCUAACAUAUCCUCUGGACAAGCAGAUUUUAUUCUGCCAUUCAGAAAAGCAUUUGAACAGAAGGACAUCUCAGAAGCAGCAGAGGAAGAAUAUAGGAGAAGUAAUCUUGGAAUUGUGAGAUUCACAGGCAUGAGUAAACAGAACUACAAAUAA